AUGAUGAAAACUGAAAAGAUUUUGCCUACUGUUGGAAUCGAAAACCAAGCAGUGAGACUAGAUAUUGAAGAAAAAAAUCUUGUGGUUACAACUAAGACUUGUGAUUGGCCAGAUUCGAGCAGUAAACCCAAAGUUGCAGCCAUAAAUUCUUUCGGAUAUGGUGGAAGUAAUGCUCAUUUGAUUGUGCGAGAAGCUGAUACAAAAAAUGAACAUAGCGUGAAUGUUAAGAAGAUAUCGCACCACUGUAAAGGGUCCAUGAAGGUUUUCGUUAUUUCAGCAAGGUCCCAAGCAGCCUUGGUCGAUUCAGCAGUAUCAUUUAGUGACUGGCUUCUUACACUGGAAGACAACGAUGAGAAUAUUUCUAAUGUCUGUUACACACUAUGUGAGCGACGCUCCAAUUACAACGCUCGACUAGCGAUAGCAGCUGCGAAUUUGAAAGAAGCAAGAGAAUUGUUGACCAGGUUCUCCGUCAAUCCUAAAGACAAAUCACAGGCAUAA